AUGUAUGUAGAUAUUAAAUAUGGAUUAAUUUUACCAAUAAUUGUAGCACUCAGUUGUUUAUUACAUCGUAUUCUGAUAUAUAAUAAAAAACAAUUAUUACAACAACAAAUUAAAAAUGUAUUUAUAAAAUUGCAACAUGAUGUAAUAUUUAAUGCAAUAAUAGCAUAUACAUUAACGAUAGGAUCAUUUUUAUUUACACAUAAAUAUUUUACUAUUAAUAAAACAUUUAAAGAUUUAAAAUUAGAUAAUAAACAUACAAUAGAUAUAAUAUUAUUUACAUUACGUUGGUAUAUAUGUCAAAUAAUUCCAUUAUUUUGGGGUAUAGCUGUAAUAGCUAAUAAAAGAUAUUUUUCAGAAAAAUCUAUACAAGGUGGUAUAACUAAUGAAUUAGACAUGGAUAUAAGAUAUUUACAAAAUACGUUAGAACAAGUUAUAUUAUCAUGUAUUAUUAAUUUAAUUGCAACAUCAAAUAUUCAAAAUAUUAAUCAUUUAUCAUGGAUUGCAAUGAAUUCUAUUUUCUUUUUAACUGGUAGAAUAUUAUUUUGGUAUUUAUACACACAUUAUCCAUUAGAACCGGGUAAACGUGCUUGUGGAUUUGGUUUAACAUUUUAUCCAUCAAUAUUAACAUAA